AUGCUGCUUCUGGCAGUGCUUGUGGCCACAGCUACUUGGUCUUAUGGACUUGCACAAGAUAUUCCUGUGCAGACCCCUAUAUCCAUCACCAAGUCAAAAAGAAGUGCACGGAUGAACUGUGAAAUUAAAGGAUUAGGGACAAAUUUUGAUGGCACCGUCAUACACUGGUAUCAACAGAAGGAGGGUAAAGCUCCAGAGAGAUUACUGUUCUUUGUAGCAGGGAAACCUUCAGUUGAAAGUGGCUUUCAAACCGACAGGUAUAUGGUUGAAAAAGUUUCUGGCCAGAACCGGUGUGUUUUUACAAUAAAAGAUGUAAUUCCAGAUGAUGCUGCUACCUACUACUGUGCCUACUGGGUGUGGGAUGACGAUGUCAAAAUAUUUGGAAGUGGAACUAAGCUUAUUGUUUCAAAAGAAAAAGUCUUUGGAACAGGCACAAAGCUUAUUGUUUCUGACAAAGGAAGCUCUGAACCAGCACACACUGAAAUCCUGCAGAAGGAGCAUCAAAAUCAGUUAAUAUACCUUUGCCUUAUUGAGAAAUUCUACCCAGAAGUUAUUCGGGUGACAUGGACCGAUGGAGAAAAGGAGAUAACAGACAAUGUAGUGAAAGGAGGCGUUUGGAACUCUACAAAAGAUGGUGAAUUCUCAAUUGGUAGCUGGUUAACUGUACCAGCAGAAAACAAAGACAAGAAAUACUACUGCAAAUACGAGCAUGAAAGCAAAGAGGCAUCACUACCAACUCAAGAUAACAUAUUGCCCAGGACAGCAUAUUUAGUGUACAUCAUCCUUCUUCUGAAGAGCUCCAUGUACUAUCUCAUCGUACUCUUCUUCAUCUACAGAAUGUGGGCUUCAACCAAAAAACAAGGAAACAAAGCAUAA